AUGGUGAAUUUCAGUGGCAAUGGAGAUGGAUACGACCCUCUAGAUCCCAACGGGAACAUCAGCAUCAAAUGGGACAUCAUUGAAGAAAAUGAUGAUAACCAAGUUGUUACAGUGUCAAUUUUUAACUACCAGCUAUACCGCCACAUAGAUCAUCCAGGUUGGAAGCUGAGCUGGCAAUGGCCAGGUGAUGGAGUGAUUUGGGAUAUGUGGGGAGCUGAGGCCACAGAACAAGGGAACUGUUCUGCAUUCAAGUCUGGGCAAAGGCCCCAUUGCUGUGAGAAGAAGCCUGUUAUUAUAGACCUUCUGCCAGGAACCCGGUACAACAAGCAGUUCUUGAAUUGUUGCAAGGGAGGGGUGCUGUCAUCCAUGACUCAAGAUCCCGAGAAAUACUUGGCUGCCUUCCAGAUGAGCAUCGGGCGUGUUUCCAGCAAAAGUUCCAAGGCUGCUGCUGUCAUUCCCGGGAACUUCACUCUGGGAGUCCCGGGCUACACGUGUGGGGAGGCGUUUGAGGUGCCUCCGAGCAAGUUUGUUGAGGAUCAUGGCCGCCGAAGGACUCAGGCUGUUGGAACAUGGAACAUAACAUGUUCUUACUCCCAGUUUCGCGCCCAAUCCUCCCCGACAUGUUGUGUUUCCUUGUCUGCGUUUUACAACAAAACCAUUGUGUCGUGUCCAAUCUGUACAUGUGGAUGUGAAGGGCAGCCCGGAUCAGCGAAAUGCUUGAAGGCAGGCGAGCAGCCCCCGGUUGUUCAGCUGCAGCAUUACUCGCCACCACGGGCGAUUGUGCAGUGCACCAAACACAUGUGCCCGAUAAGGGUCCACUGGCAUGUCAAGCUGAGUUACACACAGCACUGGAGGGUGAAGAUCACGAUCACAAACUACAAUUUCGCCAAGAACUUCAGCCAGUGGAACCUCGUGGUUCUUCACCCGAAUCUGGGGAAAGUUACACGGGUUUUCAGCUUCAACUACAGGCCUCUCAACCAGUAUGGCGAUAUAAAUGACACCGGGAUGUUUUAUGGGAUUCAGUAUUACAACGACAUGUUGCUCCAAGCGGGCAAGGGCGGGAAUGUGCAGACCGAGCUGUUGCUGAACAAAGAUCCAACAACCUUCACUUUCAGGGAAGGAUGGGGUUUUCCCAGAAGGAUUUCGUUUAAUGGCGAAGAAUGUGUAUUGCCACAGCCUGAUGAUUAUCCAAGGCUCCCAAAUUCUGCACCUGCAGAUUCUUGCCUGCUGCAAUUGUUGUUCCUGUUAUUUUUAGUAACAUUUGUGGUUUGAAACAUUUUAAGAUUCUUGAAUCUUGAUGUGUUUCUGGGUGAUUUUAAGGAUUUGUAGAGACAGAAGUUCACUAACUGGUUAGAGUUAUGUUAAGCAGAGAAUCUUUGCUGCAAUUGAUUUAAAGAGAUUCUGUUUCUUGCACUGCA